CCACAAUGAGCAAGAACCCCAAACCCUAACCUCCAAUUGAAAUGGAAUCUUCAAGACCGCGGACGGAGACCUUCAUGAGCGGUCUCGCAAGUUUCCACAACUCUCCCCACUUCUCUGACGUGACCCUCCGCCUCCUCGACGCCUCCUCCGAGCCCGUAUACUCUCUCCACGCGCACAAGCUGAUCCUGAGCGCACAAUCGCAUUUCUUCGCAACCUUCUUCGACGACGAGAUCCAGCAACGAUGGACCCCCCAAAUUGACAUCCACGACGACGACCCCACCGCCUUCCUCGCUAUGUUGGAGUACCUGUACAGCGGAUGCUACAGCAUCCCCACGUCCCCAUCCAGCUCACGCAGCUCAUCCCCAAUCGAACUCGCAGACCCAGACCCCCCCGCAACCGCCCUACUCUUCCACAUCCGCCUCCACGCCCUCGCAACCACCUACGCCAUCCCCACCCUCCAAACCCUCUGCGCUACGAAUUUCACCCUCGCCUCAACCCCCCCUUCCUCCCAUUUCCCUACCCCCGCGUGGUUCACAGCGAUAGAGCUCCACUACACCCUCCUCCGCCUACCUUCCUCCGCUUCCUCGUCCCCAUCGCCGGCGCUGGAUCCUAUGAGCCUCGCCAUCGCGCGCCAGAUCUACGCACACCGCGCUGUGCUGCUUCAAGAGUCCAGUUUGGAGGUGAGGGUGAUGUUGAAGGAGUUAUUGGUGCGAUUUCCGCGGCUGGGCGUAGAUGUUGCGGGUGAGGCGAGGAGAGCGUGGAAGGAGAGGCCGAGGGGGGGGACGUUGGGGGCGUGCGGGGGGUGUGGGAGGUGGGUGGUGGCGGGUUGGGGGGAGGCGGGGGUUUGUUGGAGGUGUGGGGAGGGUAUUGGGAAUAGGGAGGGAGGGAAGAAGGGGUGUGGAUUUGGGAGGAGGAGGGGUUUUGGGCUGGGGAGGUAG